GGCCGAAGCUGUCGGACAAGCAGUGGCGGCGCAUAUCCGCGUUCUGAUUGGUCAGAUCGCCUGUCAAUCAAGCUCUUGAACGGUCAAUUGAAGCCGGAAGUGAGUCUGCUGACACGCGGAUCGUAAAAAGGCCAAUCAGCUGAGCGUGGGUUUGUUUGAUAGAGCAUGAGCUCAUUGUGCUUCACAUUCAGUUUUUCAAACUGAUAUUCUUAUAUUUGUCUUACCUGUCUGAUUGAGGAAACCGUAGAUAACAGCAGGGGUUACCAAACUUGGACACCGGCUCUCCAGGAAUGCAUUUGGUGUCCCUAGUCAAUGCUCGUUUACCACCAGCAAAAAAAUCCUGUCAAUUUAAAAAUAAACACCCUGUGCAGAAAAAUUUCACAUCACUGUAUCCGUGCUAGGAGGCCAGAAAUGAGAUUCAAGAGAUUCACAUAUAUAUAAUGGGAAGACCAUCAUCUGUCCUUGCUCUUGUAGAUGCACAGAAUGGAGUCAGUGGUGAGAAAGAUGAUCUUUGCAUUUUAAAGCAACAAGGAAAACACUAAAUCACACAAGAAUCUUGUGAAAGUUCAAAAACCACCCUCUACUGUCUCUGCCAUCCACAAACACAAACCUGGUAUGUAUAAGGGUCGUGUAGUACGGUCUAAAGUCGACUGUUUCAGAAAACCUAGGGCUGAUGUGAAGACCACAGAAAAGAAAGUGAUUUCAAAACCGGAUGUGACCAGACCAAAACCUGAAUGGCCUAAAGUUCGGUCCAAGUCUCUUUCUUCCCUGACAACAUCCACUAAACCCAGAGUGUCAUCUAGACCCAAAUCUGUCUCUGAUGUCCAGCUGAAUGCCACUGAAAAACCAGUCCAGGUGUCCGUUUCCCAUGAACGGAUACCUCAGAACGUCCCAUGCACUGUCACCCAAGCAGGUGCUUGUGCUGUACCCAGGUCAGCCCCUCUAGCUACAGGGCGCUCGGCCAUCAGCAAACACCUCGCUCCAAAGAAGAAAGAGAAGACUGUGCAGGCGGAGAAACCCAAAACAGCCACCACUGAACAGAGAGUCUGCAGACCUGUCACUAGUAUAGUCAGCCAGUACAGAGUGCAAAUAAAGACCGCUGAAGAGAGAAGAGCAAAGUUUGCCGAGUGGAAGGGAAAGACUCUGAAGAGGCCUCCAAUCUUGGAAAAGUCUGCAACCUUUUCAAGAAUUCCAAAACCAGCUCCGCGGCCUAAAACUGGACCCAAAGCAACAAUUGGUGGCCAGUCUGAGCCUGUCGUCCAGUCUGAGGCUGUAAAACCAACCGCUGACAACCAAACUAAUGAUAUUGAAGUCCCUGGCAAUAAAACGGUGUGUUCUAGGAGAUCAAGCAAUAUUAUGAAUAUCACACUAGACUUGCUGGACCCCAGCGAUGUGGAUUUGCCAGUUGACCCAGAGAUAAGGAUGGAGUUGUUGGUGUUGAACUUGUGUGAUAAAUUGGAGGCAAUGGAGAUGCCCUCAUCAUGUGAAGAUGGUGUAAAUGUUGACAAAUCUGAUGUGGUGGCAGAUAAAAGAGUGGAAGUGCAAGCGGAGGAGCAGGGAACAGAUGAAGUGUUUGAAAUUCUUGAAGAAGAGGAACUGGGAGAUGAGCAAGACUCAGAGAGCAACAUUACAGAAGACACCGAGAAGGCUGUCAUAAAGCAUGAUGAUGAUUAUCAGGAACUGAAGGAGAAGCAGCCAUCUGCGAGUGAAGAUGAUGACAGCGAUGAGAAGAUGAAGAGCACCACUCCAAAGAUGGCAGGGGCAUGCAUUGUGAAAUACAAUGUGAAAACAACUCCAUAUUUGCAAAGAUUGAAAAAGAUAAUUGAAUGUGAAACAGCACCAGACAGUGGCUCACGACGCAGAAUCCUCAUCAAAGACCUGAAGUUUCUGACACCUGUGCGACGAUCGGCGCGAAUCCAGCAGAAGUCCUCUAGUCUGCCUGGUAUACUGAAUGACCACGAUACUUGCGUCUUCUCAUUAGCUGAGUUGAUGCAGAGGGAAGAUGCAAAUGCUAAUGCUUACAUCUACCGAAAAAAUCCAGCACUACUGGAAGAAAUGCCUGAUCAGCCUGAAGACUCUGCACAAGUACACCGUUAAGCAGAUGUUUAUGUCGCUUUCAAAUUGGACAUUUAUAGCAAUUUUGUAACGCAUACAUUUUAAGUAUUUUAUGUGACACUAUUAAAAAAAGAAUUUAUUUUAAUAUUUAAAUGUUUGUUGCAUUGGGCUGCUAAAUGCAGUAAUGUCUUAAGCUGUCAAGCCACGGCAGUUAAGGACAAAUAAAGCUGCAUGUGGUGAAGACGGGCCCAAGCCACGGCGCAGCCGCCACCCCGGCGGCAUCAGGAAGAACAGAGCACAGCGGGCGCGUGCAUUUACAGAAACCCUCUGGCAGUCUGGUUUUAAGGGUUACAGCAAUUUAAAGGGUUAAUCUGAUAAAUAACAGAUUACAACAAUAGAAGAUUUGUCUCAUUUUAAAUGAAUACUUAAAACAGAUGAAAAAUUCACUUUAGCCAGAAAUGUACUUUUGCUAUGGUAAAA